UAAUUUUAAUUAUUGAUUCAGGAAAAAUGGAGCAGAAACACAUUCCCUUCCCGUACGAAUUUGAAGAGAUGACUCAGGAAGAGAAAGCUGAAAAUAAAAGGCUGUACAAUUAUCCCAAAAUCGAUUUGAUUCGAAUGGGACCAAAGGGGUAUGUGAUGCCGCGAGCCUACAAAGAGCAAGCUGAGAGCAUUUACAACUUGCCAAUCAGACCUAGCGACAUCUACGUGGCCAGUUACCAAAGGGCAGGUACAACGUUGACCCAGGAACUGGUAUGGCUGCUGGCAAAUGACUGUGACUUUGAGACUGCGUUAGCUGUGCCCAUUACUCAUAGAUAUCCGUUCCUAGAAAUUUUCAUGUUCUACAUCGAAUGGAAGAAGGAGCGUUUGGCGAACAUCCACCAAGUGGAGGUGUCGAAGAGGGAGAACCUCAUAAAGGCUAUGGAAGUUAUGACACAGCCGGUGCUGGAGAAACUGGCGUCGAUGCCAUCUCCGAGGUUCGUCAAGACGCAUCUACCGAUGUGCUGCUUGAACCCCACCAUAGUGGACACAGCAAAAGUGGUGUACGUCGCCAGAGAUCCUAGAGAUAUCGCCGUCUCUGCAUAUCACCACGCCAGACUUUUCACAGUAUUCGACUUCGGAGGAACUUUCAAAGAAUUCUGGCAUUUAUUCACGAACAACCGCUUUCCGAUGACUCCAUAUCUGGAACACGUAAAGGAAGCCUGGAAUUUAAGACAUCAUCCUAACAUGCUGAUUUUGUUCUAUGAAGAACUGACAAAGGACUUGAAAGCAAGCAUAAACCGAGUGGCAGACUUCUUGGGCAAGCAGGUGACUGAGGAGCAGAUGGCUCGUCUGUGCGACCACCUCAGCUUCGAGAACUUCAAAAAGAACAAGUCUGUGAAUUACGAGGGACUGCGGGACUAUGGUCUGAUGACGCCGAGGAAAGACGAAGUUUUCAUUAGACGAGGUAAAGCGGGAGGUUGGCGUGACUACUUUGACGAGGAGAUGACGCAGCAAGCUGAGAAAUGGAUCGAGGACAACCUUAAGGAUACUGACUUGCGCUUCCCUACAACAAAAUGACCGUUGUACUUA